AUUAAGAUAUAUAGUUAAUUAAGCUAGGUUGAAGAAUUGGUGCUUUGCAAUGGCAAUGGCUUUUUCUGUACGGAUGCUUUUGUUCUCCUCAUUGUUUUUGCUACCAAUUUAUGUGUUUUCGCAAAAUAAUGGAAGGGUAGCAGUUGGGAGUUCUCUAACUGCAACUACAGGCAACUCCUCAUCAUGGCUUUCUCCAUCCGGUGAUUUCGCGUUUGGAUUUUCACCCCUCGGAAGCGAUGAUCUUUUCUUGCUUUCGAUACGGUAUGCGAAAAUCCCAGACGAAACCGUAGUUUGGUAUGCAUAUGACGGUAACAACCCCAUGGUUGCACCUAGGGGAUCAGUUUUGAACUUGACUGCCAACAAUGGACUAGUUCUUAACAAUCCUCAGGGUGGAGAGAUAUGGAAAUCCCAAACAACUUUCGGGAUUGUUGAGAACGGGGUCAUGAAUGACACCGGAAACUUUGUCCUUCAAGACCAAAACUCGGGGAGCUUGUGGGAGACCUUCAGCAAUCCUACAGACACCGUUUUGCCUGGACAGACAAUUGAGAAAAAUGGGAAGCUUUCGUGUAGACAAUCGGAGUCAAACUACGCAAAAGGGCGGUUCCAGCUGCGCUUGCAAGAUGAUGGAAACCUCGUGCUCAACACCGUCAACUUGCCAACAGAUUAUGCCAACAACCCUUACUUCGCCACGGGCACCACCGCAGGGACUGUAGAAGGUAGUCAAGGUAAGCAAUUGGUGUUCAACAGCUCAGGGGACAUGUUUGUUCUGAGAGAAAAUGGUGGAAGAUUCACUCUUACAGGGACACAGGGAGUUUCGGUGAGGGACAACUACGUAAGGGCAACUCUUGAUUUUGAUGGGAUUUUCGCUUUAUAUUCUCACCCGAAAAAUUUCACUGGAAAUGCAAGCUGGAGUAAUCCUCUGUGGUAUACGCCGGAUGAUAUUUGCCAAACACUUCGUGAAGACAUGGGUGUUGGUGUUUGUGGUUACAACAGUGUCUGUAAGCUCAAAACAGAUAAUAGGCCAACCUGCGAAUGCCCGGAAGGGUUUUCUUUUCUUGAUCCGAAUGAUAUAUACCGAGGAUGCAAACCCGAUUUUAUACAAGGCUGUGAAGAAGAUGAGCUGCAAGGUCCCAGAAAAGAUUUGUAUGAUGUCAAAGUGCUGACAAAUACUGAUUGGCCAACCUCAGAUUAUGUGCAGCUAAAGCCUUUUUCCGCGGACAAGUGCAACGAGUCUUGCUUUCAAGACUGUUUGUGCGCUGUUGCUGUUUUCCGGUCUGAAACCUGCUGGAAAAAGAAGUUACCUCUCUCAAACGGGAGAGUGGAUGUCAGUCUUAAUUCACAGACCUUCAUAAAAGUCCGAAAGGAUAAUGCCACUCUGCAGUCUCUUCCAAAGCCAAUUCCAGAUGAUAAAGAGAAGAGACGGAAAUCUGUGAUACGCGUGGAAUCAGUAUUAUUAGGUACCUCUAUCUUUGUAAAUUUUGUCUUAAGUUCUGCUCUCUGUCUUGGGUUUUUCUUCAUUUUCCGGAAGAAACCUGUAAGACCUAGUACCGAUAUUGUUUUGGACUCGAAUUUGCGCUCUUUUAGCUAUGAAGAGCUACGAGAAGCUACAAAUGCGUUCAAUGAAGAAUUAGGAAGGGGUGCUUUUGGUGUGGUUUUCAAAGGGGUGAUGCAAAUUGGUUCUGGUGUCGAAGUGGCGGUGAAGAAGCUAAACUAUGUUAUGCAAGAUGUCGAGAAGGAGUUUAAAACAGAACUGAAAGUAAUUGGUCAGACGCAUCACAAGAAUCUGGUUCGUCUUUUUGGAUAUUGUGACGAGGGGCAACAGAGAUUACUAGUUUAUGAGUUCUUAAGAAAUGGCACAUUGGCAAGCUUUCUUUUUUCUGAUAUCAAACCAAGUUGGAGACAGCGAAUUGAAAUCGCUUAUGGCGUUGCGCAGGGGCUUUUGUACUUGCAUGAAGAGUGCGGCACACAGAUUAUCCAUUGUGACAUAAAGCCGCAGAACAUACUUCUCGAUGAUUAUUACACUGCUCGGAUCUCUGAUUUUGGUUUGGCAAAACUUUUGCUGAUGAAUCAGAGCCAGACGCAUACCGCCAUCCGAGGAACAAAAGGUUAUGUUGCACCUGAGUGGUUCAGGAACUUGCCAAUCACUACCAAAGUUGAUGUGUACAGCUUUGGUGUUGUGCUGCUGGAAAUCAUUUGUUGUAGGAGAAGCGUUGACAUGGAAGGUAACUGUGAAGAGAGAGCAAUUUUAACGUACUGGGUUUAUGAUUGCUACGUUGACGGAGGACUAGAUGCUGUUGUAGAUUGUGAAGUUGAGGCCUUGGGUGAUCGAACGACACUGGAAAAGUUUGUGAUGGUUGCGAUUUGGUGUAUUCAGGAAGAUCCAUCUCUUAGGCCUACUAUGAAGAAGGUUGUGCAGAUGCUUGAAGGAGUUGUCGAAGUGCCUGUUCCACCAUGUCCAUCCCCAUAUACCAGAUAAGGUUGAACCGCCGUUAUUUGUAUUGCAGCGAAGGUGUAUUUAUUGUCACAGUAGUAGCUAGCUUGUUUCCUGUUUGUCAAUCUGUGUUUAGUUUACCAAUUUUUCGUUUUGUAAUGCAAUGAUUUAGAUAAAACGGUAAAUGCUUUAUGUAUGUAACUGUUGGUGCUGAUGAAGUUUCUGGUUUAUCUUGUA